GGACAGAGAGAGAGAAAAAGAGAGCACCGAGCGUCAGAGAGAGAGGGAGGGAGAGUGAAGGAGAGAGAGUGAGAGUGAGAGAGACACAGACACAGAGAGAUUUAUCACAGUAGCUGAAAACUUGCUGUCAGUACUUUACAAGAACUUGGACUUGGGAGGACUUGGAGUGACCCCUCCCCAAAAAAAGCCCUUCAACUGGUGGAAACUCUGACAGGGGUGGAAGGCCUCUACAAGAGAGAGUGCUUCUCCAGGCCUCUACAAGAGAGAGUGCUUCUCCAGGCCAGGCUUCUCCAGGCUUCUCUUCCUCCUCCCUGUCCACCUCUCCUGCGGAGCUCCACACACACACACACACACACACACACACACACACACACACGUGCGCGCAAAUACACAAGGAUCCCACAGCCACCUGCACCAGGAUGGGCGAAGACUCCACCCGUGCCGAGGCGCGCAGCUCCGCCACGCUGCCUGCCAACAUGCCUUCUUCCUCCAGGGCAGCCAACGCCUCUCCUCCUCCUCCUCCUCCUCCUCAGGAUGGCCAGGAGCCGCCGCUGCUCAUCCCCAGCUUCAGCCCCAGCUCUGCGCCCUCGUCCCCAGCCAGCACGCUCUCCCGCCUGGGCUUCAAGAUGCCGCCGUCCCCCGGGAGCCCCGGAUCGCCUGGUGGCGGGCAGGUGAGUGCCAUCACGGUGGUGGCACUGCUGGACAAGCUGGUGGUCAUGAUGGAGUCGGUGCAGGAGAACCAGCGGCGCUCCGAGAAGCGGCAUGCCGAGUUAGAGGCGGUCGUGCGCGCCGUCCAGGGCGACGUGACACGGCUGGCCAGGAGCCACAGCAGCACGGCCAACAGCGUCAGCAAGCUCCUGGAACGCUCACGCAAGACCGGCGGAUACGUCAAGGAGGUGCGCGAGAGACUGGACCGACAGGGCGUCCAGGUGAAGCGGCUGGAGGCCAACCACGCUCACCUGCUCAAGAGGAACCACUUCAAAGUGCUCAUUUUCCAGGAGGACAAUGAGAUCCCCUCCAUGCUCCUCACGAAGGACCCUGCUGCGUCCACCACUGCUUCUAUCCAUGAUACCCAGGAGAACAUGUCUUUGCACGCACCCACCCCGAGCGUUGACCGCAACCGCUCCCACGAGGAGGGCCUACAGACCAUCAGCCUCACAUCCGACGAGGACGAGGAGGAAGCCGUGGGGACAGUGGCAGCCACCGCGACCCACCCGUCCAGCCCCCGUGGCGAAGCGGCGAGUGAGCUGGCCCUGGAGGAGGAGGACGACGACGACGGCGGCCUGUCGUCGCUGGGGUCCGAGCGUCUGGAGCGCUCGCGGGCCGAGAAGCUGAAACGCUCCAGCCUGAAGAAGGUGGACAGCCUGAAGAAGGCCUUCUCGCGCCGGAGCAUCGAGAAGAAGAUCAACAAGAUCGUGCCGCCCGAGCGUCGCGAGAAGAUCAAGAAGAGCUUCACACCCAACCACCCCAAGAGCCCCACCGCCAAGAGCUCAUCCUUCCGCGUCUCGCCCAUGACCUUCAAUGUCAAAAAGGUGCGGGACGGAGCCGCUGCAGAGGCUGCACUGCCCGAAGACCACGUGGAGGUGCCAUCGCUGGGCGGGCCUGGCGGCGAGCUGCCCCUGGCCGAGGUGCACUCCCUGGACGAGAAGGGGCAGCCCCUCCUGAGCGUGGAGGCCGGGCUGUCCGAGAAUGGGGAAGGAGAGGUCGACGCUGAUGUCACCAUGGCCACCGCGACGCUGGCCAAGGAAGAGCCCAUGCCGGAUCACAAACGACGACGAUGAUGAUGAUGAUGAUGACAAUGAUGAAGAGGAGAGAGCAACUCCAGGGACGAGCCCGGUGACAAGCCCAGUGGCAUCGGCUGCAAGCCCAGUGAAUACUGCAGUGGCUGUGGAACAAGCAUCUUAAAUCUGUCCUUGUUCUGUCCUUAAGUCUUAGGUUAACUCUCCACACUGCUUUCCCCAUUAGGCUAGUCUAAACACACUAUAUAUGGGAAUUUAUAUAAAGCCAUAAAUAAGGUCCCAUGGAAAUCUGUUGAUCCUCAUCCCUUCGUGCCUUAGCCAUAAUCACCAAAACACUUCAAAAGCAAUAUUCUCUUCUGAUUAUUUUGUGCCUGAAACAACAGACUCAUUGCCUCCCCCCACUCUUAGUACGGACUAACAUGGAUUUGAAAAAAGACACUCAUCAGAAAUAAAAAGAACGGGCAGUCGGACAGCAGCACUAUCUCAGUUCCCUCACUGCGAUAUGAAUCACUGGGCUCCUGACUUUGAGAUCACACUUGGAUAGAAUUGCAUUCCCAGUCUGUACAAUAAAAUGACAGUAGACAUAAAUGAAAGGUCUGCACUCACAGAGAUAGAUGGGAUCUUUUUUUUUUUUUUUGCUACUGUGGGAGACAUGGUUACACCCUUGCCUGAGGUCUCUAUGGUAACCAGCCAUUCCGGCAACAAUGUCUCAAUUACAGCUUCCUUAAUCAUGCAGGAGCACACCCACAAACAGUGGCAGUCUGAGGCAUGCUUCCCAUUCUCCCAACACACACAAAGCAAAGUUGGACACAGACCGGCAUAUUAUCCAACUAACCUACAUAAAAAUGAAAAAGAUCACAAGUAUAUAUGUAUAUGUAUGUGUGUGUGUGUGG